GAAGCAAAACGAAGCGGCCGCCCGAGAACGAAUGGGAAAACCCGGGAGAGGAAAGAACACCAGCGUUCUAUUCUAGUCAUCCAGCUUGAAGAACACCAGUGGCCCAAGAGCACCUAGAGAGCUGGAGUGCGGAUUCCGACCACUUGCUGAGUAAGACUGCUGUUACUGACUCCGAGCUGGCUUGUCAUUUUUAUUCAUAGGAAGGUAAUAUUGCUUCCCGUGGUCCCACAUUAAGUGAGUAAAACCCCACUGUCAUGGAGUCGACGCUGACUCAGAACGACUUAUUGAUCUGAACAUCAUGAUGAUACUGAAUCCCUCCUAAAACAGUACCUGUUUCUUUGCUACAAAAACUUCAGGUUGACGUUUAUCCUCAUCAGUGGCUUUGCUUCUGAGCUGUGUGUGUGGUGUAAGCCCGUUAGGCUCUGUGGGACACAGACAUUCAUAAUUCACAAGACCACAAUAUCUGCAUGGGCUUCCUUGGCCUGGGCAAAACAUGAAGUUCUAUUGUUGUGAGUCCUCUUGGGGGUGGCCCCAGUUGAUGGCAACCCCACGCCGCCUCCUAAUUAUACGUGGAUGGGGCUCUUGGGAACCAUAGGGUUUUCAUCGGUUGACUCUGGGAAGUGGACUUCUUCCAAGUCUGCUUUCAUCUAGGAGCUCUGCUGAAAUCUGUCCGGCAUCACAGCAACCAGCACGCCCCCGUGACAGGUGGGUAGCGCCUGUGCAUUGGCUGGGACUGGAACUGGGAGCGCCUGCACUGAAGUCAAGAAUGGUCCCACUGAACCACAGUCGCUUUUAGUCAUUUGUAAUGUCAUUUUCUUCCUUGCAGAUUUUAUUCAUUUUCUUUGGUGUCUGAAGCUAUUUGAGCCUUCCGUAGGCAGAAGAUGUUAAAAACGUUAAGAAGCAAUCACAGCGAUGGAUCUCGGUCAGCUAAGUGAGACCAAUCUAAUAAAUAAUGGGCAGCAAAACACAGAGCUAGCAGAGCUGACCUCUCCCUGUCCCGACAAAAGCAGCGAAAGGAAUCAUGUUUGCUCUCUGCUGAACAUCAGUGACAUUACACAUGAGAAAGAUGCAAAGGCCAAGGAGUUUGUCAUCGGAACUGGGUGGGAAGAAGCAGUCCAAGGCUGGGGCAGCACCUCGCCAAUGGCCUGCAUCUGGCCAAGGAAGAAAGGGAAGAAGUCCAGGCCUGGAGAAGGUUCCAGCAGCUGCUUAUUCUGCGUCAACAUCUCCCAGGGGAGCCCCGAGGCCAGGCCACAGACUGGACAGGGGAAGUGGGAGGCCCGGGCUCAGGCUGACACAGGGUCAGGCAAGGAUCAGGGCAGCACAGCCUUGAGGGAGACCAGCAAAACGUGCUUUUCCCACUGUUGUCAUGGCAGUGAGAAAAAAAGCCUACAGAUAAAGGAGUACAUUUGGUGUGCUCGAGACUGGCACGUCCCCGAGACCGUGAAGGGCAAGGAUCCCAAGGGCCAUGAGCGCGUCUGUGGGAGCCAGGAGAAGAACUUCUCCCUCUCAGAGUCCUUGACGUCCAAGGCCCUCCUGGUUCUGCCCCCGCUGAAGGCUUCGCCCCCGGCAAGCAGCUUGGAUGCUCUGGGUAAGAAGGGUCAGAAUACUCUCUUGCUGCAGGAAGAGGAAGUGCCGAGUGUGGACAAGGAUGCGGGUGUGGCCUGUGCCUGGGGACUGAAAGCAGUGGACGAGAAGGGUGAAAGGAGACCAAUGGAGCUGGCCAAGCACUUCAAGGUCAAGGACAUGCCACCAUUCCCUGCGGAGGACAGCCGGCCCUCGCUGCUGGCCGAAGCCGAGCCUGGCUACCUGCCCUGGUCACUGCUGUCUGAGCGAAGUGUGCCCUGCCCACCCCCACCUAGCAACAUGCACUACCUGGCCACCCUGCAGCUCCUGCAGAGACAGGGCAUUCACAACUACAGAGCCAAAUUAAGACCCAAGGGCCUGCGGAUCCCUGCCAGCUCCCACAAGCCCGUGCUCCCCGAAACUAAGCAGGAGAACCAGCCCCAUAAGCUGGAGACCAAGGUGUUCUCAAGACCCCUUCUACCCUCCCUCACCGUGAGCAGGGUCAUCAUCCCCAUCUCCAGUGACAGCAAGAGUCCAAAUGGGUCUGCUGUUCAAAUAUCCAUGUCAGACGCCCAGGGGUGA